AUGUUGCUGCGACGUGGUCUGCACGACGCGGCGCCAGUCUCAGGGGGAAGCACGACAGACCUGCACAAGCUGCUAUACUCGCCCCUGCUCACACCCGACGCCCCAGCUGCCGAAGACCCAGUUGCUGCGCGCAAUGCCCUGCAAGCGGCACUUAGCCGGGGCGGAAAGAAGAGGCCAGUCAACAGGCUGCACCUGCCCCUCGAAGAGAAAAUCGCUCCUCUGGCGUCGUUGGUGGGUAGAGCUCUGACUCCCGGUGAGCCGCUGACUUUGGAGAAGGAACAGAUCGUGCAUAUCCUGCAAACAGCUGAUGAGGGUUUGGAAAACGCACUCUACGACUACGCCGACACCGUGACGCAGCGCUACUUUGGCAAGAAGAUCUACUUCAGAGGCAUUGUGGAGUUCUCGAACGUCUGUACGAAAGACUGCUACUACUGCGGCAUUCGCAAGCACAUACAAGUGAAGCGAUACUCGAUGUCAAAAGAGGAGAUUGUCAACUGCGCCAUUUUCGCUUACGAGAGCGGCUACGGGUCGCUCAUGCUGCAGAGCGGCGAGCUGCCCACGGACAAGCGACUCGCGUUCCUUGUUGACACCAUCAAAGAGGUUAAGCGAGUGACCAUCGAGAAGGACAAGGAGCGAAACGGCGUCAAGGAGGGCGUGGAGAACAAGAGCCUGGGCGUCGCCAUCUCCCUGGGCGAGCUUACUAAGGACAUGUUCCGGUCACUGAGGGAAGCCGGAGCGCAUCGGUACCUGCUGCGUAUAGAGAGCUCCAAUCCCGAUCUCUACGCCAAGCUGCACCCGGCAGACCACUCGUGGCACAGGCGGGUAGAAUGCCUUCGCGAGCUCAACGAGCUGGGCUUCCAGGUGGGCACCGGAGUGAUGAUCGGCCUGCCCGGACAGACCCUUGGCGACCUCGCACAGGACCUGCUCUUCUUCAAGUCCAUGGACAUCGACAUGAUCGGGAUGGGGCCGUACAUCUGCCAGAAGGACACUCCGCUGGGCAAGCUGUGGCAGGAGGAGAAUUCCAACCUGGACACCAAGCGCUACAACGAGAAGCUCUUCCGGCUCAGCACCAAGAUGGUCGCACUCGCCCGAAUCAUCUGCGGGGACGUCAACAUCGCCGCCACGACCGCCCUGCAGGCCAUCAACCCCCAAGGUCGGGAGGUUGCCCUGAACCAGGGCGCCAACAUGCUGAUGCCGAUCCUGACCCCGCGCAAGUACCGCGAAGACUACCAGCUCUACGAGGGGAAGCCCUGCAUUGACGAGGGCGCCGAGGAGUGUCGGUCGUGCCUCAAGAACCGCGUGCAGUGGGCCGGCAAGGAGCUCACCCUCCACGACUGGGGCGACCCGCAACACUUCUUCUCCCGCCAAAACAUCCCCACACCCACCAGACAAUAA